ACAAACAUGGACGUGAAAUGUGGAAAAUCGAACUAGGCGCAAGAUUUUUCUAAAACAAUAACCUCAUGGCGCGGUCGGAAGAGACACGGUUCCCUGGUGAUGUUAAAAUGACAGCUACCGAGGAAGACGUGGGGUCAAAGGACGAGGGGUCAAAGGACGUGGUGUCUCCGUGUGUCCCCGCACAGACCAAAACAUCCGCCGCCAGAGGUUUAACCGCGGAGGGGCCGCAGAGAGUCGGCGGGGAGCGGGCUCUGGUGUCCGACUUCAAACACAUGAAGUUGGAGAAAGAAGCUCAGAAAAACUGGGACCUGUUUUACAAAAGAAACGCUACACAUUUCUUCAAGGACAGACACUGGACCACCAGAGAGUUUGAAGAGCUCCAGGCUUGCAGAGAGUUUGAGUCCCAGAGGCUGGUGCUGCUGGAGGCGGGCUGCGGUGUAGGAAACUGCAUCUUCCCUCUGCUGGAGGAUGACCUCAACAUCUUUGUUUACGCCUGUGACUUCUCGCCACGAGCUGUUGAAUUUGUCAAACAAAACCCUCUGUACUGCCCUGAGCGCUGCUGUGCCUUCCAGUGCGAUUUAACUAACGAUGAUCUGAGGGACAAUGUGCCCGAGGGCAGCGUGGACGUCAUCACUCUCAUCUUCGUGCUGUCGGCCAUCCACCCGGACAAGAUGAAGCUGGCUUUGCAGAACAUCAGCAGGGUGCUGAAGCCUGGAGGCAUCGUCCUGUUCAGGGACUACGGCCUGCACGACCACGCCAUGCUCCGAUUUAAAGCCGGCAGCAAGCUGGGGGAGAACUUCUACGUCCGCCAAGACGGCACCAGGUCCUACUUCUUCUCUAAAGAGUUCCUGGCUGAGCUGUUUGAGGACACGGGCCUCCAGUCUGUUUCUAACGACUACGUCCUGAGAGAGACGGUCAACAAGAAGGAGGGGCUUUGUGUUCCCAGAGUGUUCCUGCAGAGCAAAUUCACCAAGCCCGGGCGACCACAGAGCUCCUGAUGUCAUUCACCUUAUGAAUCUCCAAAGGUGGCAGAGAAAACAAAAGACUGAGAAAUGAUUAUAUUAUUUGGUGGAAUCGGUAGCCUAAAUGUUACAGAAGAGAGCUUGUGGCCUACUGGUUUGAAUCCUCUGGAACAUGAGGGAGGUGCAGAGG